AUGAAAAAGGCAGCGAUUAUUUGCUUAUCUGCAGUUUCUGCGACCCUGACAGACUGGAGUGCGUGGGCCGAGUGUUCCUCCACCUGUGGUCUAGGAACAACGAAGCGAACUCGUGAGUGCACUGGAAACGAAAAGAUUUGCGCCAUUCAAAAACUCGAGGAGUUGAAAAUUUGCGACAAGGGAGCUUGUUGUCUCGACUGGUCGGAGUGGUCGAGUUGCUGCUUGAAUAAUGCCGAAGAUAGGAUUUUACGAACUCGGGCGAGAAAGGGCAAAUGCGAGAGUACAUUUGAGGCGCAACCUUGUCUUCAGGAACCUUUGAACGGCAUCCGAACCGACCUCAAAGAAGACUUCGAAAUCUGCGCCGAAUCCGACCCAACUCCAGUUCACUUCAAAAAGUCCGACUUUGAAAAGCUGUAA